UCAGACGGAGUGAAUAGAGCAGAUGUCAGGGCGAAGGAAGGAAACAACGAGGCACUCAUCAUAUUUUACGUGAAAGAAUACGUUAAAAUGGCUCAAAUGACGCCCCAAAAGUGUCUACUGCUGGGGAUCCUAUUUGUCUCUCUGGUGGCGACCACGCAAGGGUUUGUGAAGCGGUGUUACUCAUGUCGGUCGAGGGGUCGGCUGGGAGACUGCAAGGACCCUGUGUCUUUCAACGUGACCAAGUUGAUGAAGGGUGUAGAGGCAGUACCCUGUGCCUCAGGAUGGUGCUCCAAGGUCAUCGAGGGCAAGAAGGAUGGCGAAGACCAUGACCUAGCGACGGAGCGGCAGUGUUUGCAGAGGUCCCCACCGGACGACAAGCAGAGGUGUUCCGAAGCCCUCAUUGGGGUCAAGAAGGUGUUCAUUUGCUUCUGUCGCGGUGACCUGUGCAAUGCAGCCACCACCGCCACUCCCUCCCUCCUGCUCCUGCUGCCUGCUGCCCUCCUGCUGCUGUUGCCGCUGCUGUCAUCCCACACCCACCCCUGACUUUCCUGCUGACUAACAAACAACACACACACACACACACACACCAUCUAGAGUUAUAAGAUUUGUUACCGCCAUGUGUGUCUCUGGAACUGUUGGGUUAAGGUGAGUGUGUGUGUGUUUGUGUUUGUGUGUGUGUGUGUGUGUGUGUGUGUACAUUUUGUAAGUAUGUAGUGGAGUGGUGUGCUUGCUGUGUAGUUGUGUUGUGUAAUUAGUUUUUUUAUGUGUGUGUGUGUGUAGGAAUUUUGUCCUUCAUUGUACUUCUUAUUUUCCUUCAAGUUUGCUGUGCCGCAAGUGUACUUCCAUGUAAGUAACUUGUAAACAUUUUACUGAACUGUACUUUACUUGAGAUACUUCGACAUGCUUGCUGGAGUCAUAUUCUAUUAUUUUUAACUUGGCUUUAUGAAAGGAAAGAUUUUAUUUUUGCAGAGAGAAUUUUAUGAUAUAUAUAUAUAUAUAUAUAUAUAUAUAUAUAUAUAUAUAUAUAUAUAUAUAUAUAUAUAUAUAUAUUUAAGUUUACGAAAUAAAAAGACGACUGAGAGAGAGAGAGAGAGAGAGAGAGAGAGAGAGAGAGAGAGAGAGAGAGAGAGAGAGAGAGAGAGAAUUACUCGCCUUAUUUAUGUGCAAUUAUAGUGUAGCUACACUACGCUCUGUGGACUUGUCCGUGUGUUCGUGCGUCAGUGUCCUUGUCUUCCGGCAAAGACUUCCUUAUGAGUGUGUGUUUUGUUAUUAAAUGUUGAGAAAUGUU